AUUGGGAGGCCCUAUAGGGCGCAGAUCCAGAAGGCGCGCUGUCUGUGGAAAUUCACCAUCACAUACACACACCAUUCCCGAAGAAGCCGAAUAGUUGCCUGACAUGGAGACGAUCAACCGGCAGCGCAGCGACGAAGAGCUACCCUACGUAUAUGAGACCGUGGCCGUUGACUGCUACAUGUCCCCUUGUUUUGAUGAUCCCGAAUUUCUGAUCUGGAAUGGGCCCAGCAUCCUAUCUCCGCUUACGCACCCCGAGGAUAUCUUUCGUUAUGCCUCUGCCAUGCUGUCCUACCCCGUCGAUUGGUUAGAAAUGCACCUUACGGUCGUCCAUAAGUACACGUUUGAAUCGGUCGCCAUCUCGCCAUUCUUCCUUCCGCGCGUGGAGUGCACCCUCGGCAACCUCAGACGGUUUCACAAUCAGAGCUGGGAAGUUUUCCGUCCGUACAUAUGGACCAUCGAUCACGCAGAUUAUCAAUUUCAAAUGUUCGUCUGGCCAAGAGGCGAGCGGGAGCCGAAUACCAUAGGAAGAUUAGGGGUGUUAUCAGGGUCCAACACUAUCGAUCCUGAAAGAAUCCUGGAUCCAGAGCGUUUUAUUGAAAAUAUCUCUUGCGGCUUCUAGUGUGAAGAGCAUACUGAGUUCAUCUGUACCAUGCGAUAAAAGAUUGGAGGCCGGGAUUUAAAUAGCCUGUAUUGUUUUAUGGGC